GCGGAUAAUAUGAUGCCGCAGUAUACGUAUGAUUAUACGACAUCGAAGCCGACUGAUUUUGCGAUUAUGUUCGCGAUUAUCUUCAGUGGAGUUACAGGCUUGAUGGCUGGUGCAAAUAUGUCGGGUGAGUUGGCGUGUCCAUCCGUGUCAAUUCCGCGCGGUACCAUUCAGGCGGUAAUCGUCACCCUUUUGGUGUAUAUUCUGACGGCAUUCCUGACGGCGGCAUCGUGCAGUCGCACAUUACUACAUUCGGAUUAUGCGGUAGGUCGAUCAAUAUCGAUUAGUGAUCGUUUGAUUGAUCAGAGAUGA